AUGGCCACCAUGUUCAAGAAACACUCCAAACGAAAUUUUCGGAAAAAAAUCGACCACGAAGACGACGAAACUGGCGGUGAUCGGGAAAUAGAGAACAUUCCUGUGAUUUCAAAACCCGCGGUCAAAAAUUCUAAACCAAAACAGAAAGACGAGUCAAAGAUCAAGACCGCGUCGUCUAAUUCAUUGCUCAGCUUCGAUGAUGAAGGAGGAGACGAGGGUGAAGUUUUCAAGAUUCGCAAGUCAAAAGAAAGCCGUCGGUUGGCGAAGAAACUGGAACAGGAGAGGAAAAAGAAAGAGGAAUUUGACAAAGGGGGAGUUGUGAAGAAGAAUGAUCUAAAUACUGAUCAGGGCGAAGAUGAUACCGACGAAAGAUUGGCUGCACUGAGAGCUGAGCUGUGUCAAAUUGCAGGCGAUGAUGACGGGGAGGAAGCUGAAGAUGACACUGAUUCAGUAGCAUCAGGACCUAUCAAGAAAGAGCCAGCUAUAAUUUCAAGAAGUAAAACUGAUUUUGGCAUACCAGAUGCAGCAACAAUUCAUGCAGCACGCAAACGGCGAGAAAUGGCAAGACAAACUGAGCAAGACUUUAUCCCUUUGGAUGACACACAGAAAUAUGAGGGAAAUUUUGCAUCCACAGGCCGGCUAGUGAGAGAAGAUGAGAAUGAUGUAAGUGAUGAUGAGGGGGAAGAGGGACCAAUUUCGUUUUCUGUUCCAAAGAAAAGAGGAUUUCCUGCAUUGGAUCGUCGUCGUGAGGUUGAAGCUGCUCUUGCUAAUCAAGAACUUGAAGAGAAUUCUGACAAUGAAGAAGCUGAGGAUGAUGAAGAGAUCAAACUCUGGGAAAAUGAACAAAUUCGCAAAGGUGUUAAAGGGGUUUCAGGACCUGUGGUCCAACCAGAGUUGCUACAAACAACUGAGGCAACAAGCUCAUUGUAUCAACAACAAUUCACUGAAGAGAACUCGUUAAGUUAUCAAACUGUGCAGCAGCCUUACACAUAUGGAAUUGGAUAUAAUGAUACACACACAAAUGGAAAUCAAACUUAUGGACCUGCAUUUACAACUAAUUCAUUACAAAGUCGACAUGCUGUUACUGUAGAUAUGAUCUGUGACAAGAUGAAACAGCAGUUGGGGACUCUUCAAGAGGUACAUCGUCAACAUAGAAUGGACAAUGAGAAAGCUUCAUCUCAGCUGGAAACUGCUCAGAGUAACAUCAAGAAGUUAGAGCGACAGGGAAGGAAUGCAGAGCAGAGAUUUAGUUUUUUCCAAGAGAUGAGGGGGUAUGUCAGGGACUUGAUAGAAUGCCUUAAUAACAAGGUACCUGCAAUUGAUGAGCUAGAAACAUCUAUGCAUGCUUUGUUGAAGAAUCGAGCUUGCUUAGUGGUCCAGAGGAGGCAAACAGAUGUCAAUGAUCAAGCAGAGGAUUUUCUUAAUGCUCAAGCUGGACGCCAAAACUCAGCUAAAGCAGCAGAUCAGGGGAAGUUGAGACGCACUGCUGAACGAGAGGGAAGAAGAGCACGGAGGAGAAAACACAGAGAAAAGGAGAAGGGCAAAGCUUCCGUACCAGACACUCAUCAUGAAGGACAAUCAACAGAUGAUGAAGAAACUGAGGCAGAUGCUGUCAAGUUUAGGGCAGAAACAAAGAGGAUUUUGUCAGAGGAGAAAGUUAUUUUUGAAGAUGUUGUGGAGGAUUUUAGUUCCAUUGACUCCAUAAAAUCAAGAUUUGAAGAAUGGAAGAACAAACACGAAGACUGUUAUAAGAAUGCAUACAUUUCACUUUGUCUUCCUAAACUGUUUGCUCCAUUUAUUAGACUGCAACUUUUGGACUGGAACCCAUUUGAGGUGAAAUGUUUAGAGAUUGAAGAAUUUCGUUGGUACAAAAGUCUUGUAUUGUUUGGAUGUGGAGAUGAUCCCUAUGAUAUUGAUGCUGACGACCUUGAUGUCAAACUUAUCCCAAUGGUGCUAGAAAAGGCUCUCAUUCCAAAACUAACUGGUCUUUUUGAACAUGUUUGGGAUCCUCUUUCGCAGAAGCAAACAAUGCUGGCCAUUAAGUUAAUAAGGGGAAUGGCUGAAGUUUACCCAAACUUUCAUGCUCAGGAUAAAUCAACACAAUCACUGUUUGCUGCAAUAACCACCCGCUUAAGACGAUGUGUAAGCGAUGACGUUUAUGUUCCUCUCUACCCCAAAAGUUUAUUGGACAAUAAAUCUUCUGGGGCUUUGGCAUUUUUGCAGAGACAAUUUUGGAGUUGUGUAAAGCUCAUGGGAAAUAUCUUGAGGUGGGAAGGCCUUCUUUCCUCCGCCAGACUGCAGGAACUGGCAAUAGAUGGUUUGUUGAACAGAUACCUUCUAUUAGCACUACAACACUCUCAUCUUUACUAUGACAGCCUGGAGAAAGUGAAAGCUAUCACAGCCACGUUCCCCAAACAGUGGUUUAACGAGCAGCAGCAGACAACAGUACCUUCGUUAGAAGCGCUGGCACGUUUCCUUGCAACUUUAGCACUCAAUAUACAGCGGUCUUGUGCCGGGUGCCCUGAGGCCGAGAAAAAGAAAGCAAGAAGCGGCAUCAAGAAAGUUAUACAAAUUCUCCUUCAGUUAAGAUCCGUGGACAAAGCAAAGAUGGUAGCGGCAGAGCACAAUAUGGAUGACGUUGUCAAAGAUGUCUGACAAAGGCUGGAAUCGGUGCAUCUUGAGCACUUUUAAUAUCUGGACAUUGAAUCCAUUUAUAUUGGACCUGUUGUUUAAAACUACUUUCGCGACUUGUCUGCGGCCGUUUUUGCUUACGCAUCUUUUGAGCCCCUAAUGUUUCCGAGUCAGCAUGACAUGGUAGCAUGACACACAUUUUGGAAGGAUUAAAUGGAUAUUUAUAAAACUCUCACCAAUAUGAGACUGUCCCUGGCAAACAUUUUCUUGGCUAUAGAUGCUGCAGUGUAUAAGGACAAAGUAUAUUUCUCGGUAAAAUACUCUUAGUA